AUGACGAUCACGACCGCCGCCCCCGGGCUGCCCCCGCCCGCCCGCCUUCCGCCCUGUGGCCCGGGAUCCCUGCGAGCGGACCCCCGAGGGCCCGGGGGGCGCGGUCCGCGCGGCGCGGCUGAGGUCACAGGGGCGGGGGGGGCCCGGGGCGUCGGUUCUGCGGCGGCCCUGGGUGGGGGCGCGCGGCCGGGCUGCAGCCGGGGGGGAGCCGGGCCCGGGCGGGGGAGCCGGGGAGGGGGCGGGGGGCCGGGGCCGGGCCCGGGGAGGCGGAGGCGAGAGGCGGAGAGGGAGGGGGAGGGGCGCCGGCUGCCGGCGGGUCCCGCUGCCCCGGACCCGGGAGGACGAGGGCGGCCGGGAGCCGUGGCCGGACGCGCCCCCGGGGGAGGAGCCGGCGCCGCGGCGGAAGCCCGGGCAGCGCCGCCGUCGGAGCCCCGCGGGGUCCCGGCCCGGAGCGCAGGGCGGCGGCCGCAGACUCAGGACUGGGUGUGUGAGCCUCCGGAGAGCAAGCGCCCGACCCGCCACUGGAGCCUCAGCAUCGAGGAGCGCCGGCAGCUGGCCAUGCAGGGCGGCUGGGAGGAGCCCGGCACCGCGGGGACCCCCACCCACAGACGGGACAUCAGGCAGCUCGUGGCCCGGCUGGUGUCCGAGGACGUGGACAGGGACGUGCUCCUCCCCCACCCGCUGAGGUCCUCCGAGGCCGCCCUCGCCUUCCACGCCUUCCUGGCCCGGAGCGCGCCUUUCUGGCAGAGGGUGACCUGGGCCGCGCAGGUCUCCAGGUCCCCGCCCUCCUAAGAGCCACUCAGCCUGUGUCCGGCUUCCAGCGCUUUCCUUGGGGUCCUGGGGUCGGCGGCUGAGGCCUCCUGACCUCCCGCGGGGCCUGGGAGCCCAGGGACGAGGAAACAGGUCCCAGGUCCGGGAGGGCACC